AAGGAAAUGGUCGAUCAUAAGGAUAAAGAUUUCGUUAGCGAUUUCAAGAAAUUCCUCAGCAAAGAGGACACUUCCUGGUCCUUGAAAAUCGUCACGUUGUUCGAAAUAUUCAUAACAAUUAUCGCGGUUUUGUUCGUGAUUCUAAUCGUCGUUUAUCGAACGCAAUAUUCAUCGAACAAAGCGAAUAUAUGCCUGAGCGCGGAUUGCGUGGACUCCUCGGAGUUCUUCCGCGACAUCAUCGACAACUCCAUCGACCCGUGCGAGGAUUUCUACGAGUUCGCCUGCGGGGGCUACGAGGGGCCCACUUCCACCCUGCAGGAGGCGCAGGCGAGGGUGCUGGGGGAGUUCGUUUCGCUGAUAACGGGUCCUGCGAAGGGCGAGGACGAGCCUUCGGUGAGGAAGCAGAAGAAGUACUUCCAGGCGUGCAUGGACACGGCGAGGAUCGAGCAGGACGACAGCAGGAGCGCGCGGGAGUUGUACGGGAAGCUGGGGGGAUGGCCGGCGUUGAGUUACGAGUGGGUGAACAAGUUUUGUUUGGGGUGUAUGGUGGAGAAGUGCGCGGAUUUGGGGUUGAGUUACGAUUGGUUUAUUGAGGUCGAUGUGGAGGUGGAUGGUGAUGGGUAUCCUACGUUGAGGCUUUCCGCUCCUGUAAGAUCAGUUAAUAUAGUCGAGUCUCAGUUUAAAGAUAACUACCAAUUACUCGUGGAAAAUGUCAUAAAACGAAUAAGAGCUAAUAACAGCUUGGACAACAUUUCAAUAGCGGCAAAAUCCGUAGUGGAUUUCGAAGAAUCCCUAGCGAAGAUAGUUUCGAAAUCUGGUGAAAACUACACGCAAACAACCAUAGAUGAUUUGCAAACGAUGUUUCCAAAUUUACCAUUAAACGCUUUCAUCAAAAACGUGGAAAUGGAUAAAAACGCCACAAUAGAAGCAAACGUUGCCUACAUAGCCAAAUUAUUGAGAUUUCUCGAAAAGAGCAGUUCCAGAACAACAGUCAACUACAUAAUGUGGAAAAUAACAGAAAACCUCUCCAAAUUCCUACCCACGAACAUUCGAAGAGAAUUCGACAUUUACAACGAAGACACCGCCAACCGCACGAACCCCAAACGCGAAACCUUCUGCUACAGAACCACCGAAGUGCUAUUCGCCUACGUCUCGGAGGCGGCCUACGCCCGAAAAUACGCCUCCGCCCGGCCCACCAUCCAAACCAUCUUCGACAACAUCAAGCUGGUGACGAAGGACCACAUCGACGCCGCCAAAUGGAUGGACGACGCUCACAAGACGCGCGCCGUCGAAAAAUUACAGAACGUCAGCCUGACGAUCGGCGGGCCCGAGGAGGUCUUCGACGCGCCGAGCUUCGACAGAUCCAUCGGCGUCGAUAAGGUCGACAUCUUGGACAUCGGCAACGUGUUAGAUAUCGUACGAGCGACGGACAGGAGUCGCGAUAAGUACAACUUGGAUUUGAAGAGGAGAAGGAUCGUUGAUGCCGAUGGGAGAUUGUACGCCGAUAUAGUGGAUAUUCACGCGAUGAGAUACAUACCGGAGGAUAAUGUAAUAUAUUUUCCUGCUGCUUUUAUAGGCGGCGUCUUCGACUCGCACAAAGGUUUGCAUUUUCGCAAUUACAGCGUGCUGGGUAUAGUGCUGGCGCAUGAAUUGUCCCACGCUUUCGGGAUUUUGGACGCUUAUGAUCCCAUCGAGCAUGUAUUAUUGAACAACUGGUCGAAUUCCACUUAUCAAGCCUUCCUGAACGCCACCGAUUGCCUGAUGGAGCAAUGCUUCGAUUUCAACGAUACCACGCAAGUUCAACACACUAACAAUAGCCGAUGCAUUCGAACGUUCGACGAAAACUUCGCCGAUUACGCGUCAGUGGACGUCGCUUUCGAGGCUUUUAAGAAAAUCAAAGCGGAAGAAAUCAACCAACUUCCAGGCCUGAAGUACAAAUUGGACGAGCUGUUUUGGAUCAGUUACGCUGCCACUAUGUGCGACAGCAUGAAUACCACCGCGCAAUCCAAAACAAAUCCCUUCAUCAAGACCCAUCUGGAACCAUCCAAGAGGAUACUGGGCUCCUACAGGAACUCCAAAUAUUUCUCCGAAACCUUCAAUUGCACCGAGGACAGUUACAUGAAUCCAGCUGACAAAUGCGUAGUUUUGUAGAAAAAAUACUAACUUAUUUAAAAAAAUAAUAGAAUUUUUAAUUACCUACAAGUA